GUGCUUUAUAAGCAGUUAUUUUCAAGCGCAAACCAUUCUCGUCAUUAAUCUGUCGAGAACGCAGACAACAGUCAUGGUGAGCAUAAAGAUGACUGUUACCUUGACAACAGCGAUUUUGCUUUUUAACAUAUGCCGAGGGCAUCCUGGAAAAUUCGCGUCAAAAAAAGAAACGUCUGUACCUUUACCGGAUGGUCUUGAACGUUUACUUAAACGAGCGGCAAGGGAAGAAGUUCCAAAGCAUUCACCUGAAAAAAGGGCAGUUUCGGCUGCGUUAGCACUAGCAGAUUCAGAGGCGGGCAAAGAGAUAGCUAAGGGGCUUGGCCAAGCUGCAGGCGCUAUCGUUGGAGAGAUAGGAAAACAAGUGUUUGGAGCAGUUGGCCAGGGAAAAUCAUUUGUGAAGAAUGUUGAGGACUACCAUAAAGAGGAUAAGGUUUCUGAUGAGAGAGAAAAGGCCACAGCUAUUGCUGGCGGACAUCAAAAGGCGCAGAUCAACAUAAUCCCAGGCAAAGGCUACAUGGAUGACAGUGGAUAUGCACCACCUGGCGUCAAAAUUACAACAAAUUUCGACGAUGAUGAGAGUGAGAGUCGAGGUGAAGAUAGUAACCCUGGUAAUGCUUACAUGUAUCCACAUGGUGUUGGUCCAGCCCUUGUCAACGGAUGCUUUCUCACGAAUUACAAACCUGGAGACCCG